UGUACUCUACAGGAAAGUCGCGGUCAAACUUUCAGCUUUUUGAAACCGUUUCACAGGUUUUCAAAAACACACACACUUAUCUCGCCGAAUCUUGAGAUGAACACAAAUAUAUUGUUUCCAUUAUCCUUACAAACAAUAUUUUCAAAUCAAAACCCUAAAAAUUUCCACGACCUAAAUCUCUCAAACAACACCACUGCUGAUCGAUCGAUCAUCUUCAACCAUACAUGGAGAAGUUGCAAGAAGCCCUCAUUCAAUUUACACAUUCAAACCCUAAUUUAUUCCCAAACGAUGCUAACAAUUCGUAUCCUCUGUUGAUUCAACACUGUUUUCCUAAGUUUUUUUCGGAUUUUCAGACUCCUAAUCAUCCACCUUAUGCAGCUAUGAUAUACAAGGCGAUUCAGGAACUGAACAAGAAAGGAGGUUCUAGUGAGAAGUCGAUAUCAGAUCACAUACAAAAGGAGUAUACUGAUUUGCCUUGGGCUCACUCGACAUUGCUGAAACAUCACCUUGAGAAGCUAUGUGAUCGAAAUGAAAUUUGUAUAACCGACAAGCAAUGCUAUUUGCUUGCUGGUAUAGAGUCGGAAUCAAGGAACAAAAGCAGCAAGCCUAGUAAGAAACAUAAGAAGGAUAAAAGUCAACCCAAUUCAGAGGCGUGCAAGAAAAGCAGUAGGCCCUCCAAAAAAUACAAGAAAAAGGAAAAAAACCCGUCGGGUGUUCAGAAAACUAGUGCUAAGGAGCACAUAGAGUUGCUUAAGAGGAAGAGGAAGCUGGGAUUGAAGUCUAUAAAGAAAAACAGCAAGCGAGCCAAGAAACGCUUGAUUAAUAAUGAAGUAACUGUUGAUGAGUCACAUGAGCAGAAGCAGACAUCAGAAAUUACGAUGGGUGACAUACAAAUCCAAGAACGAAACGGGUUACGGAAGAGGAAGAGGAAGCAUGGGCUGAAGUCUAAAAGGAAAAGUAGCAAGCACACGAAGAAACACGCGAUAAAUGAGGAUACUGAACUUCAGCUAUUGGGUGAAGCAAAUCUGGAACAAAAUAAUGAAGUAAUUGAUGACGUAUCAGCUGAGCAGAACCAGAUAGUAGAAGUUAACAUGGGUGACAUACAAAUUCAAGAACAAAAUGAGGCGGGUCAAGUGUCAGACCGUGAUAAUUCUGGUUACGUUAACUUAGAGCAAACUCAAACGAAGAAGAAUCCCGAGCUUCUGCAGAUUGAAGAAUCUCCUGGUUCGAAUCCCGUAUUACACGGAAAUGGAAAACGGGUUUGGACUAGAUCACAGUGGAAGACGGUUUUAAAGAAAGAUGCAUUAGGAGGUAGCUCAGAGUUAACAGACUCUCUAGGUUAUGCAAAUAUGUCAAAAGAUAAGCCUGACAUUGUUGAGUAUUUGUCGAACGAAAAACAACAGGCAAUGGAGAUUAUCGAAGUGAAGAGCGCGGUUGAUAUCGAACCACUACAGAUAUCAAGAAGUACAAGUUUGGAUAAGCCGCUGAUAGAAUUCUUAAAGCCAACGUCUUCGAAGGUGAUUUACCGGUUUCCUGAUGAUGAAACGACCACUGCUCCAAGUGCAACAGAAGUGCAGGAUCCGAUUAGUUUUCAGCAAGAUCAGCAGCCAGAAAUGCUACCGCUUGUUGAUGAACGGAAAUACAAACGUCGUGGUAGGCAUCCGAAGCCUAUGGAAUCUGAGAUAUCAAAAGUCAAAAGUCAACAGUCACCUAAGAAGUUGAUUAUUCAGUUUUCUGAUAAUGAACCGACCACUGCUCCAAGUUCAACAGAAGCGCAGGACUCGAUUAGUUCUCAGCAAGAUCAGCAGACAGAAAAGCUACCGCUUGAUGAUAAGCCCAUGUACAAGCGUCGUGGUAGGCGUCCGAAGCCUAUGGAAUCUGAGAAGUCAACAGUUAAGGGUCAGCAGUCAGAUAAGAAGUUGAUUCCCGAGUUUCCUGCUGAUGAACCGACUACUGCUCCAAGUUCAAUAGAAGUGCAGGAUCCGAUUGGUUCCCAGCAAGAUCAGCAGCUAGAAAAGGUACCGCUUGACGAUAAACCCAAGCACAAACGUCGUGGUAGGCCUCCAAAGCGUAUGCAACGUGAGAAGUCAAAAUUUAAAAGUCAACAGUUAGCUAAGAAGUGCAAAGCUGGAAAGAAAAAGGGUCAACCUAAGAACAAGGGCCAUGUCAAGCAUAAGAUGACUAGGCGGAGCAGCAGAGAGCCAAGUUAAUAGGCUAAAAGAGACCGAAUCUUGAGUUUAAUGUAGACAAUGAUUGAUUGAAGAACCAGUAGAUGCAACACAGAGUGUAACGGUGACAUUUUUUCUUUAGUGUUUUUUUUUUUUCAAGUUUAGAUUGCCCAAGGAGUUGUUCAAAUGGUGAUUUCUGUACCUUGUUCGAUCUGUUGCCUAUCUUUUUUAUUUUAUUUCAAAUUAUCUA